CCCCUCCCCCCCCUCCCACACCAGGCCUCGCCACCUCGUGUUUAUCCCCCGCCGGUCUCCGCCUCUCCGCCCUCACUCCAUCGCUCCAACGCCCGCCCCUCUCACACAUUCGGUAGUACAAUUUUCAGGGCAAGGGGGUGUAGGUGGCACCGUUGUUCUUCCCGAAUGAGGAGUCGGGGCUCACUGGUGCUGCUGACGCACGUCCUGCUCUGCCUGGUAAGCGGCGCUUACUCUGGCCGCAUGAGCUCCUACGUGCGUAAUGAGUUCCCGUCCGACGACAUUCCUCUAGAGCACAAGUCUCUUGAGGUUCCAAAAGGCUACAAUGCUCCACGGCAGGUUCAUAUCACUCAAGGUGACUAUGACGGGAAAGCCGUCAUAAUCUCGUGGGUUACCGAGUUGGAACCCGCACGGAGCGAGGUGUUUUACGGUAAAGAGGAGAAACUCUAUGAUCGGAAAGCCAAAGGGAGGAUGACGAAUUAUACGUUCUACAACUAUCGAGGAAUUAUCAAACUGUUCAGGUAUAGCGCCUGCGAAGGACUGACGUACCGCAUGUCGACAUACUUCAAGAGAAUAAGCAAAGGUCUAGGUUCUGCACCAUACGUCGAGGUCAGGGACACAAGAUUACCACAUGCAUGUGCUAAACGAGGUGACAUCCCUAAGGCUCCGAGGAAAUUGCCAAAGUGUUCGAAGUGUGUAGUGCUUGGUCACAGGAAGAAUGUGUGACUUACCGAUCAAUUUGAGCCGAACUUCCUUUAGCCUCGCUUUAUCAAAUGUAGCAAGAGUGUUUCGAAAUUCAGUUUCUCUACAUUUCAGUUCAUAAUUUUGUUCAUGUUCACCGGGUCAUUGUUGUGAUGACUGUUUGGGACUUAAUGAGAUAUUUAUUCGAAUUGUCGGGACAUUU